CUUGAAGAAAUACUAGAGGCAUAUGCUAAUAACCUUGCUAUGGCUCGUGCUCAAUUAAAUUUGGAGCCAGGUAACCAAGCAAAGAAAACUUCAAAACCUUUUAAUCCUUCCGAAAUGGAGACCGGUAUUCCGAGCUUAAGACCUUACAAUCCUCCAGAUUUGAGCCGUCAAUGUGGAACUAUCAACAGCACUCCGAUUAGUACAGAUGAUGGUCUCACCCACUUUAGUUAUGGGCCUGAACAACAUAGAGACUCCAGUCCUCUCAUUUCCUCUCGCCUGAGAGGAAAUUUUGAGUCAAGCUCGGCAAAAAGUCGCCUUAGACUACGUGACACCAGAGCACUUGCAUUGGCCAGUCAAGAUUCUCGGAAGUGGGUUCCCCAGACCGCAAGUGGUAAACAAAGGCGCCGUAAAGGUCCAUGCCCCCUCAAUUCUGAAAGGAAUCGUAGCAGAUCUCCUUCUAUGUCCACUAGGGGCACUGGUAGCCCGGCCUUCAAGGGCAACAGAUGUCUCUCUUACAGUAUGCGACAGGCCGAGGGACGAGUGGUAGGGAGACAAGCCAAUCCAUCAGAUUCGCUUCUUAUUCGCACUGGAACUUGCCUACCUCGACAUUCACGAACAGACUUACAACAGCGAGGCAGAGGUCUGCCCGUUUCUAUAUCAACAACAUCUCUACUUGUCCGCAACGAAGAACAAACUAGAGGUAAGCAAGAUGAUGAUCAUGCUGACGAUCUUGAAGGCGAUGAAAAGAACAAAGAGGAAGCCCCAGAAGUUAUAUCUCGAGGUCGAUCUGGCGAAUUAAGGCAGCUACGCCGCGGAGUAUCAGAUUCACGGAGCCGGCGGACCUACACUGAGAAGCUUUUAGCCAAGUCAGCAUCUGCUCGGUCAAGGAGUCGUCUGCAUAUGGCGAUGAGACAAGUUGGCCUGGCAAACGCAAAACGUCAGGCUGAGAAACAAGUCCGCCAGUCAACUGUCCGACACUUUAAGUCUAACUCAGAUGAUGGUGGUGUUGUUGAUGAAUAUGAUCAAAAUAGUGAGAUUAAGCAUAAUCUUAGCAGGCCUAGAAAACGCCUUGAUAGCAAUGUGGAGCAGAAUGAUGACUCUAAUGGUAAAAUGGAGUUCGAAGAGGAAAAAAAAUCCGAGCCUGAUGGUAAUUACAGAAACGGAGUUGAUAGUAAUAACUUUCAGCAGGACGAUUUUUCCGACUUAGAUGCGAAAAAUAAUGAAGGAGAAGAUGCAGCCGAGAAUGCUCUAGACGAUGAGAAAGUCGAUCGUGUUACUAGGGAAUAUCGGCAUCGAUCUGGGACGCCUCGAGGUAUCUCUAAACAUGGAAGAUUUAGUCCUACGUAUAGGUCGCAAUCCCGCGGGCACAGACCAAGUUCAAUUGCUUCUGGGAAGAUUGAGCAUCGCAGUUCGAUACUCUCAUCACGGAGUCGGAGCCACUCAAUGAGCCAGUCAGAUCAGCCAGAAUAUAAGAGUGAUUUGCGAGUUGAAGAACUUGAGUCUCAUCAUCCCAGACGAGUCCUAUGUGUAUCCGGCCGCGGUGCCAAGGGUCGACGUAGCCUUUCAUCUAGCAAGACGUCUCGCAGCCUCGGAUCACGGCAAUAUCUCCCAGCCAGUAGUCCUCUGCAUCGAGCCUCCCCGACUCGGUUAUGCGAGACAGGCUCUUUGCGACGUCAACGUCGGUCUGGCCUGCUUGACAGGCAUCGGCCACACCGUCACGCCCAUAGUCAAGGCAGUGAUCAGAGUCAUGUCUUUUUGCGCAAUAAUGGUACUGAUAUAAUCCCUUGUACAGAGUCGACAGGCGUAGUUUGCAGCGGAACGGGCCGGCGCGGUAUGCGUCGACACGCUUAUCUUACAUCAAGAAGCGAUCGAAAAGGUGAUCGACGAGAUGAGGGAGAAGAAGGUGAGGAUGAUGCCGAAGGAAAGGGGAAUUUUGAAGCCAGGAAAGGAUGCGGAACGCCUCGAUUACAGACAGCUGGCAGGCUGUUUGUUGAGCGAGACUCUCGACGUAUGGACGUCUUCGGCAGCUCGGUAAGUGAAGACGAAAUUGAAGGUGAUAGGGGAGGAGAAGAAGAGAAUAUGAUUGGUAAUGAGAAAACUAUGCAAAUAUGCAGUCACCCUGGCAGUGAGGCCCCUCGGCGUUUCGCUUGUUCGCCUGGAGGUCCGCAUCGUGGACGGCGAAGGGGCGCUGCAUCAUCAUCUGGAGCACAAGUACUUUCUAAUUCCGCCGGCGGUGGACUUGGCGCCCGCCGAAGCCGUAGUCGCGAAUCAACGCCUGAAAGCAGUAAUAGCAAUGGUGACAGCGCAGACGAGCGACUUUAUUGCAUAUGUAGGAAGGUAUCAUUUGGAGAUAUGAUCGCAUGUGACAACCCGCGCUGCAAAGUUGAAUGGUUUCAUUUCUCCUGCGUUGACGUUCGGGCUCAGCCCAAAGGAAAAUGGUUUUGUCCACAGUGCCGCGGAGAAACACCACGUGUCAAGCGACCCGAUGCAUGA